AUGGCCUUCGGAUCCUUCAAGUUGUCUCGAAACUCCACUGAGAUGCUUGAUGACCAAUCUCCAGGAUGCUCAAUCGAGAUCUCCGCAUCAAGGGCAACCAUCAUCAAAAACUCGGUCAAGAUAUUCGAGCAACAGCUCAAAAACAAUUGGACUCGUCAAAAGGUUCCCAAGGGCACGAAGAAAGACUUUCAACAAACACUCGGCGCCGGGAAAACUACUUUCUUGCCACGGAAGGGAGAGCUCAUUUCAAAGGACGACAUGAUAGAGCUGUCACGCUCAUUGCACUCCGGCAACUCUCGUUGGCAGAUCAAGCAGAUGUCGCGAGAAAAGUGGCCAACAACCGCAUUUCAGCGUUACCGAGGCCAUUGA